GAAACACCUCACGUCUUUUUCUCAUCAGGUGUUCUGCGUUUUACGCUUCCCCAAACGUCCGGUUUUUCUGCAUUUAUAAAACAAAUUUAGUCACUUCACUGUGAUCUACAUCUGCAUCUUCCUCUUCAUCAUCAUCAUCGUCAUCAUCAUCUAAAAUAACGGAGAGGAAAAUGGGCUGCUGCUCAGCACGAUGCAUGCUGAUCCUCCUGUGUUGUCUGCAGUUGAUAACGACCCUGGAGAGGCAAGUGUUUGACUUCCUUGGCUACCAGUGGGCUCCCAUCCUGAUCAACUUCUUCCACGUCGUCAUGGUCAUCCUGGGCCUUUUUGGUGUCAUUCAGUACAGAUCACGCUGUGUUUUCAUGUACGUGCUGUGGACGUUGCUGUGGGUCGGCUGGAAUGUCUUUGUCAGCUGUCUAUACCUGGAUUUGGGAGGUCUUUCAAAGCACAUUGAUGUCCUCUCGCUGGGAGCAGCAUCGCAUGGCUCCUGGUGGAAGGACAACGGUCUGGGGUGCGAGAGCGGGGGCUUUCCCUCCGCCGGGUGGCAGGACCAGAAAAACCCACAGCUGACCACGGUGCUGAGCUGCUGGCUGGAAUACCCGAACAUCGAAAUCCUGCACUGCAUCGUCCAGCUCCUCGUUUCCCUCCCCGGAUUUGUUUAUGCCAGCUACAUCGUCAGCACUUUCUCAGAUGAGGAAGACAGCUUUCCCAUCAGUGGUGAUUUCUAUCAUCAAUCCAAACCCUCUCAGUUGCUUCUCUGGUGAAACCUGCUGAUUCUAAAUGACCACACAUGUAAGUGGUUGAGGGAAACCAGGAAGGAACCGGGCCGAAGGGGGGAACUGCCAUCAUGUAGUUGGAGUGUAAUUGUCAAUAAAAACACCUGUUGCAAAACCACGCAUCAACGCGUUGGUCCAAACAAUAACGUUGUUCUAUGUGCUACAAGUGUUCUUUCAUACUUUUUAGCUUCUCCAUGUACCCUGGAAGUGGGUUAAGUUGUGCCAGAAAUGUUUCUGUUUCAACUUCAGGGCUCAAAUGCUGUGAAUCUAUAUUUAAAUCUACCUCUGUGUGUGUGUGUGUGUGUGCGUGCGUGCGUGCGUGCGUGCGUGUGUGUGUGUGUAGAAUACAUAGAAUAUUUUGAAAAAAAUGAAUGACUUAUUCAUGUUUAAUUUAAUUUCAAUUUGAUGAAAUGACCAUUCUAACUUGUUUAGUAUAUGAUCUAAUUCAGUAAAAUAAACACUGCUCACAUAUCAGCUUGCAAUGUGGUAUGGAUUUAUAUGACUAAAAUGUUUCCCCCCCCCUUCCUCUGAUCAUUUUUUGUUUCCACUAAACCAGAGGGUGUAUAUUUGAAAUCGUUCAAGGAUUUACAUCAAUAAGGUAACUACAUGUAUGCUACUUAAUUUCAUUUUAUACUCAUUUAAAUAUCUGUAAAUAUUUUCUGUGUGUAAACAGGCUACACUUUGUAUUUGUAUUUGAAACAAUAAAUAUAACAUCAACACAUACGAGUGUUCUUAUUCAUCAUGUCAGGAAACAACCCUAAAAAUAA